CCCUCCUAAUGGCCGACACGUUCAUGGAAAAUGGAGCGCCGCUCCGCAUUUCUGGCCAUUGUACUCACAGAGCGAAGUGAAACCGACAAAUUGAGUUUACCGACGUACCGUUUCCCAAAAACGACAGCGCAGCAUUUAUGGGAAAUGUAUGUGUGACUCCUCCUUUUGGAAGUUAGUGCGCCUCAUGUGAGCCCUCCCCUCUGCUGGAAACUCUUCUCUUAUUGUCCACAUCUCAGCCUUAUGACAAACGCUGCAGACACCAAGUGGACUUUGGCCACACAUCACUUGGAUUUUUAAAUGUGUAUGGUUAUAUUUGCCCCGUGUUUUGAAGAUGUUAGAAGCGAGCUCUGUGACGGCACAGCUGUAGAAACGUUUGAUGCAAAAAAUGAAUUAGCCUGCACUGCUGCGGCCACCCUCCAGUGCACAAUUUUUGCCAUUUGUGCGUUUGCAACAUGCGGAGGCUACUAUGGGCACCUCCGGGUUAAAGUGGACUGCGCAGACAGCAGACUGAGUAACAGGAGCAUCAACAUUGAUUUUGGCUAUCCAUUCAGAUUACAACAAGUGCAUUUCAAGGCUCCACUAUGUGAGACAAAGAGGGAGGAGAUUCUCUUCCUCGAUGGUGACUUUUCCUCAGCUGCUCAGUUUUUUGUCACCGUGGGCGUGAUCACGUUCCUCUAUUCUCUCCUGGCAACAGUGGUCUACAUCUUCUACCAGAACAAAUACUUGAAGAACAACCGAGGCCCGCUUGUGGACUUUGUGGUGACAGUGAUCUUCUCCGUCAUGUGGCUCAUCAGCAGUUGUUGUUGGGCUAAAGCUCUUUCUGAUAUCAAGACGGCUACAAGGCCUACCAAAGUGCUGCUGCUCAUCCCUGCCUGCUCGCUUCAGGAGAACAAAUGCACAGCUGCCCAGGGUCCUCACUGGUCUCGUCUCAACAUGUCGGUGGUUUUUGGUUUUGUCAACGUCAUCCUUUGGGCUGGAAACAUUUGGUUUGUCUUCAAAGAGACAGGCUGGUACAAGAUGGGUCAGAGGUAUCCCACCAGGAGCUCUUCUGGGAAACGAGAAAUGCGUCAGCGGCUCUACAGCGAGAGCAGCUUCGACCUUCCAGGGGAAAAUAUGGGUCCUCAGCUGUCCCGAUCGAAGAGUUUCAACCAGACAAAAGGGGAUUUGGGGAUGCAGGUGCCGUGCCAAGGUAGCUUCAACCAAUCAAAAGUCAGCUAUGGCAUUCCACAAACCAAUCUUGGCAAGCCAGUCAUUUAUGACACUAAAGAAGGGACCCUGUGAUCAUUGUCAAAGAGAAGUAAUUUUGCCUCAUGUUUAUUUUAUUGAAUACAUGUGACAAUUGUACUACAGUAAAAGUGUGUUCCAUACCUCUAAAACCUUUGGUGUCAUCUUUGCUGACCACAUCAAUUAAAUCUCAACAACCCUCCAAACAAAGAGAGGUUUGAAAAAGUAGAAAAUGUACCUGUAUGUCGUGGUACUAGGGUUGGCCGUAUAGUUGAGUGUUUGUUCACUACUUCUCUGAAGUUAUAUGUUUGGGAUUAAAAUGUGGUAUCUAUUGCUACGAAUGGAUGUAUAACAAAGAUUUAAGAAUAAAUAAUAGAACAACUGG